AUGGUGAAGGUUCCUGUGAACUUCCGGUACAGGGAGGACCUCGUGGCUGCUGCCAGUGGGGGAAAGCACGAGGAGAAGGGUGGUGGUUCAGAGUAUCAGGAAGAUCAUCGUAACUUCGACGAGGAGAAGGGUGACAAGGGUUACAAAGUCUUCCACGAAUUCGACAAAGGUGAGAAGGGUCACCACGACAAAGAGGAUCACAAGAAAGUGUACGACGAGAAGAAGGGGGAAAAAGAGAAGAAACACGAAGAGGAAGAUCACUAUGAUGAAAAUCAUCAAGACGAGGAAGGCGAUAAAGGUGCAAAAUUCGACGAGGAGGGCAAACAUCAGAAAGGUUACAGCACCAAAGGAGAGCACAGUGUCUUCAAAAAGGAUGAAUACGAAAAGAAACACGAUUUUUAUGAUGAAUAUCACGAGGAUGGGGAACAUGAGAAACAUGGCGGAUAUCAUCACGAACACGAGGGCAAGAAAGGUGGACACGAGAAGAAGGGACACACAGAUUCUGCUCGACGCGAGCAUCAUCAUGGUAAGAAGAAGCAUCAUGAAGAAGGCCAUCAUCAUCGUAAGCAAAAAGGUAGAAAGCUCGAUGAAGGUCACAACAGUCAUCAUCAACAUGAUAGAAAAUAUGGAAAGAAGGGUGGACACGAAUCGGGGAAGAAAUGGUUUGCCAGCAGUGGUCAUUAA